GAAACACAUACUCAGCUUCAAACUCGAGUCAAAUAACCUUCAAAAACAGAAUUCCAAAAUUCACCCGAUGCCCUCAGAAUGGCUGUCCGCUUCCAGCUCCCCAAGACGACAAAUUACAGCACCAAAUUCCUCUCAUGUAAACGGGCCUCUUCACCUUACCCCAUUUGUGAGCAUUACCAAAAAGGUAAAUCGACUACCUUCAAGCCCAAGCAUGGUUUUAGCAUGGAGGCCUACUUGAAGAUCGUGAAGAAAGUCUUCAAACACCAUGCACACAAGAGCAAAACGGACUUCAAUACCUCCAACUCUACAACUACAGACGAAAUGGAAGAGAAGUGGCAAGCCGCUCGCCGCAACGCUUCGGAUUUUGGAUCCCGCCCCCGCUGCAACGGCACCCCCGUGUGCCUCUUCACAUACUCACCUGCCACCCUCGACGAGAUUAAGAGGAAGAACGCUCAUAUGCAAGAACUCGAUGAAAGAGCGUACUGGGCAGAUGAUGAGAAGGACAUAUGCAGAGCUGCUUGCACACAUGUAUCCCCUAGAAGAGAGGAUGGUGCGCAGGACGAGCCUGUUCACGAAGACGUAAGAAGUCUCGGACACAUCUUGGCUUGGAUGCAUAGCCAGGGAAUUAAUGCUGCGGGAUUCCCAACGACGGAUAGGGAGAAGAGAGCAUGUUUGGAGGGGAGAUGCAGGUGUUUGGGGCCGAUGAUGAGAGAUGUUUAGGUGUGGAUGGGCU